AUGUUUUUGAAAAUCAUCGAGGCUGAUAGUCUUCGUGCCACACAACAUUCAACACGUUAUUUUCCUCAAAAUCCAUCAGCAAUCUUUGUCAGUCCUUAUGUCUCAAUUGAUAUCGAUGAUUUGCCAUUAGGACGUACACAUACCAAAGAAAAAACAACCACACCAUCGUAUAACGAAGAAUUUUCGAGUGAUGUUUUUAGCGGACAACAACUACAUUUUACUAUAUUUCACGAUGCUGCAUUACCACCUGAUGAAUUUGUAGCUGAUUGUACAAUAAAAUUUGAAAAAAUUCAUGAUAAAAAAAGUGAUUUAUGGAUUGAUCUUGAACCUGCUGGCAGAAUUCACAUAGCCAUAGAAUUACAAGGGCAAUUUAGUGAUUCUGUCAAUAGUGAACGACAUUUUAAACGAAAUAAACAAGCUUUUGCUCAACGACGUUUUGCUGUUGUACGUCGUGUUUAUGAAAUCAAUGGACAUAAAUUUAUGGCAACUUUUUUUCGUCAACCAACAUUUUGCUCAAUAUGCUCAGAAUUUAUUUGGGGUAUCUUUCGUACACAAGGCUACCAAUGUCAAGUCUGUACAUGUGUUAUACAUAAACGAUGUAGGGCAUCUGUAGUUACAACGUGUCCUGGCAUUCGAACAUGUUUUGAAUAUCGUGAAAAACGUUUCAGAAUCAAUGUGCCACAUCGAUUCGUGGCACAUACUUAUCGAUUAUUUACUUUUUGUGAUCAUUGUGGAUCACUUUUAUGGGGUGCAUGGAAUCAAGGAAUGCAAUGUAGAGAAUGCAAAUUAAAUGUACAUAAACGGUGUACUCGCAAUGUUGCCAAUGAUUGUGGUCUCGAUAAAAAGAAACUUGCGUCAGUCUUAGCCGAUCUUAAUAUAAAUACGGAGCAGAAAAAAAUGAUUAAUUUACCAAGUGAAGUUGAUACAUCAUCUGCUUCUAAUCAAACUACUUCAACAUCAGUCAAACAGGCUAGUCCUCCUCCAUCUACAUCAGAUGAUAAUUCAAGCAAACAAACAAAUCGUAUUGCGAUGGAAGACUUCAAUUUUUUGAAAAUGUUAGGAAAAGGAUCAUUUGGAAAAGUUUUGUUAGGUGAACAUAAACUAACCGGUGAAAUCUUUGCUAUAAAAGUGCUCAAUAAAGACGCAAUUAUUCAAAAUGAUGAUGUUGAAUGUACAAUGACUGAACGACGAAUUUUAGCUUUAUCAGCUCGACAUCCAUUUCUCACUGGUCUUUUUUGUAGUUUUCAAAGCAAAGAACGCCUAUUUUUAAUAAUGGAGUAUGUAAAUGGCGGUGAUUUAAUGUUUCAAAUUCAACGUUCACGAAAAUUUGAUGAAGCACGAGCUCGUUUUUAUGCAUCGGAAGUAACAUUAGCAUUAAUGUUUCUACAUCGACACGGCGUUAUUUAUCGUGAUCUCAAACUUGACAACAUUCUACUUGAUUCUGAAGGGCAUUGUAAAAUUGCUGAUUUUGGUAUGUGCAAAGAAGGUAUCUUUGACGGUAAAUUGACAUCAACAUUUUGUGGUACACCUGAUUAUAUUGCACCUGAAAUACUUCAAGAACUAGAUUAUUCAUUUUCUGUUGAUUGGUGGGCAUUAGGAGUAUUGAUGUAUGAAAUGAUGGCAGGUCAACCGCCAUUUGAAGCCGACGAUGAAGAUAGUUUAUUUGAAUCUAUUCUACGUGAUGAAGUUCUUUAUCCUGUGUGGCUAUCGAAAGAAGCAGUUCAUAUUCUUAAAUGUUUUAUGACAAAAAAUCCAGCUAAACGUCUUGGUUGUGUAGCAGCUCAAGGUGGUGAAGAUGCAAUUAAACGUCAUGCAUUUUUUGCUGGAAAAAUCGAUUGGGAAGCAUUAGAACAGCGUCAAGUUAAGCCACCAUUUAAACCAAAAAUGGUUAAUCCUCGAGAUACAAGUAAUUUCGAUAAAGAUUUUACCAAUAUGCCUGUUGUAUUUACACCAAUUGAAGAUAUUAUUGUCACAGCGAUAAAUCAAAAAGAAUUUAAAGAGUUUUCAUAUCAAAAUCCGGAUUGGCGUUGUUUAGAACGUGGUGAAGUACCAAAAGAUGAUGCUAACGAUGGUCGACGUGCACUUCGUGAUGAUCUAGCUAUUAAUUUAAGACAACCACUACCAAUGACACCUAUAGCAUCACAUCAAUCGACAACAAAUGAUAAUGUUUCAUCAACAAUAACAGUUGUUAAAACAGAUCAUAUGCCAAUCCCGCAUACAGAAUCAAAACGAAGUCCUUCUCCCACACCACUUCAAUUAAAUUCCAUAUCAGCAGCAGCAACUACAACAACAACGACAACAACUAUGAAUUCUUCAUCGUCGAUGAACGCUCAACCAAAACCAAUGUUAAAUAAUAAUAUUAAUAAUAAAUCAGUAACUAUUAAUCGUUCAACAACAGAUCAAACCGAUAUGUAA